CGCAAACCCAAGCGCGUCAAGGGAAGCACACUGGCAGUUCUACCACAACAUUGCAAAUAUUAUUUUACUGUCUACAUCUGAUGAGGAGUCAACGAAGGGAAUACCUUUAGCGUGAUGGCGCAGGGGAGAGGAGAAGACAUCGUCUCAGAGUUCCUCGAUCAGAAUCCAAACCUGGUGAACUGGGUGGAAUCAUUAAGAGGACACUGUGAGACAAAUAAACAGUGGGAAGCCAGAAGAGAGUUUAUCCUGCGCAAUAUGGAGAUCUUUCCUACUAUCCGACCUGGGACCCCAAGUCCUAGUUUGGACAGACUACUGUCUCUGUCCAUGGUUUGGGCCAACCACGUGUUUCUGGGCUGUCGAUACCCACAACCUGUAAUGGACAAGGUAAAUGAAAUGGCAGAAGGAAUCACUGUGAAAGAGGCCCCUGAGAGAAAGACUAGAGAUGAAAUCAUGGGGAAAACAAAAAGACCUGCCGUCUCAGCAGUGGCUGCUGACUACCUGGUAAAGAAGACUAAACCCAAUGAUACAGACCUUAAAGCUCCUGUGAAGAGUGUUGGGCAUCCAGCUGCCAGUACUCUGAAAUCAGGCCCUUCACCAGGGGCUCCCGCAGAGCACCAACCCUUUUUCAACCGACUCUACAAGGCCGUUGCAUGGAAGCUUGUGUCUGCGGGUGGCUAUGGCCCCAACCUGGAACAUUUUGAGAUCUUCCGCAGUUGUGUGGAGUCAUGCAAGGCCAGCCUUAGCUGUGUGUUCGUUCCACUCAAAGACAUUCCUGACCUGCCCUCGGGACGUACCCAGAGAGAAGGCCAGGUAUGUGAACUGCGCUGCCACACCGUUUACAUGGGUACAGGUUACGGACGUGAUGAGUGUGCCGCCAGGGCAAUGGCCUCCAAGGAAGCACUCAAAGUAUUUCAAGGGCAGAAAGUGACAGUGAAAGUUUGCCGCCGCAGGUUCAGAGGACGAGACGUCGAAGAUUUGGUUCUGCUGGAUGAACAGCCCAGGAGUCAAGUCUUUCCUCCAGCUCUCAGCUACCCCUUUCAUGGAGACCAGUAGAGCUCCAUUCUGCUGGAGUGGUACCAGGGUUACCAUUAAAUAUAAAGUUGUUGAUUCAGUUCUGACCGCUGUGGAGAUCCUUGCUGCAUUUUCCGUUGUUUUCUUUGUCUAUGGUCAUUCAGAAUGGCACUAUGAAGAAGUACGUAGUAGGUUUAUUCAGUGGUUUAUAAAGGGAAAUAAAAAAAAAUUAUGUUCCAAAAUAUAAUAGUUAAUCAUCCAUAACUGUUUAUUUAUAGCCUUGGUUAUGGUUUGUGGUUAUUAAGUUUAGAUGGGGAUCCUCAAACAUCCAAAACUCAAGUUAAAUCUGACCUUGAAAAUGUUUGACUUAGAUGUUCUAAGUAGUUUGAAAAUGUUGUUGUUUUAAUUAGUAAAAGAUCGCUUGAGUAUGAUUUAUUUAUUGCUACAGCAUUACACUGAGAAUGUACAGUUUGCAGAUGACAACCUGUUGGAAAUGGAAUAUGUGAGUUUCAAUUCAAAAGGAUGUUAUUCACAAGAGUAAAUCUGGAAUUCCUCCAGACAGAACUGGUGUAACUGAGUCAGGUUUGUAGGCCUCCUUGCUCACACACGCUUUUUCAGUUCUGCCCACAAAUUUUCUAUCGGCUUGAGGUCAGGGCUUUGUGAUGGCCACUCCAAUACCUUGACUUUGUUGUCCUUAAGCCAUUUUGCCACAAUUCUGGAGGUAUUCUCGGGGUCAUUGUCCAUUUGGAAGACCCAUUUGCGACCGAGCUUUAACUUCCUGGCUCAUGUCUUGAGAUGUUGCUUCAAUAUAUCCAAAUAAUUUUCCUUCCUCAUGAUGCCAUCUAUUUUGUGAAGUGCACCAGUCCCUCCUGCAGCAAAGCACCCCCACAACAUGAUGCUGCCACCCCCAUGCUUCACGGUUGGGAUGAUGUUCUUCGGCUUGCAAGCCUCACCCUGUUUUUGUUUCAUCAGACUGGAGGACAUUUCUCCAAAAAGUAAGAUCUUUGUCCCCAUGUGCACUUGCAAACUGUAGUCUGGCUUUUUUAUGGCAGUUUUGGAGCAGUGGCUUCUUUCUUGCUGAGCAGCCUUUCAGGUUAUGUCGAUAUAGGACUCGUUUUACUGUGGAUAUAGAUACUUGUCUAUCUGAUUCCUCCAGCAUCUUCACAAGGUCCUUUGCUGUUGUUCUGGGAUUGAUUUGCAAUGUUCGCACCAAACGACGUUCAUCUCUAGGAGACAGAAUGCGUCUCCUUCCUGAGCGGUAUGAUGGUGGCGCGGUCCUAUGGUGUUUAUACUUGCGUACUAUUGUUUGUACAGAUGAACGUGGUACCUUCAGGCAUUUGGAAAUUGUUGCCAAGGAUGAACCAGAUUUGUGGAGGUCCACAGUUUUUUUUCUGAGGUCUUGGCUGAUUUCUUUAGAUUUUCGUAAAAUGAGUUUUAAUAACGUCAGCCUAAGUGGAUGUAAACUUCUGACUUCAACUGUAUAAGCAAUUUUGUUAACUUUAACAUUUUACAUAUAUUUAUUAAUUACAAAUAUACCUUUUUGUCAACAUAUAUUGAAAUUAAAGUUUGCACUGUGUUAGCUUGAGAUCUAAAUUUCAUGUAUCAGUGUCACAAUUGUGGGUAACCUUGUUGUGGACUUUUGGGCAGAAUGGUUGAAUGUUCAAAAUAAAUAAAGUAAAAAUGCCAUCUGUUUAAAAAUGAUGUUAAAUGUGGGAGCAGAAAUAUGGAAACCAGUGUUUGGUUUACUGUAGUCUAAACUUCACUAGGGUGUUACUUUUGGUCCAGUUUCUAUCAUACUAGAUACUCUGAUUUCAAAUAAAAUGUAACAAUUUGUGCUAUUUUGUGAUAUGACAUUUUUAAUGUAGUGGCUUUUUGAAAAUAAAAAUGUGUAAUGCUCAUUUCUGUCAAUAUCUAA